CUCAGUCCUCGGUCUCACUCUCCACAGAAUAAUCGCACCACCAGACGCGUUGAUGAAAAUUAGAAGUGUCUAUUAAAACACUCGUUGCUUUUCUUAAUCAUAAAUGCUAAUGAUUUCUCAAGGUGUAUGCAGCUAACAGGUCGCAAGAACAUAAUCAGUAGUAAGUUUUAUUCUUUCAAACAAAAAGUGAAUUCCGGUCCUCUAUUGUCAGCACUCUUUAUUUGAUGCUUUGUGUUGAUUGAUGUUUAUCUCUUGAUGUUUAGGCCCUUUUAUCUUCCAGCCUGUUUCACCACAAAAUGGUGAACAAUUCUGACUCAAUUGCUACAGAUCCUCUUGGUCGUUCGCGCACUGAAAUUGGUUUCGAGGUGAGCCUGGCCAUUCUCGUUUGCCUUGCCUGUAUACCUGGAAAUCUGCUUGUUACUUAUGUGAUUAAUAAAGACUCCAGGCUCAAGAGUAUCACCAACACUUUCAUCCGCAAUCUGGCACUAACUGACAUCUCCAUGGCGACGCUUCACAUGCCAUUUUGGAUCGUGAGCCUCUAUACUGGAACUUGGAAUUUCUCCCAACGGUGGUGCGAGAUAUCUGCAAUGAUACAAUUUACGCUGGGUAUCGCUUCCAUUCUAAAUAUGGGCGUAAUUGCACUAAAUCGAUAUAUAAGAGUUGUAAAACCAGCCCUCUAUAGCAGAAUAUUUCCCAGCAAGAGAACUGCUUGGUUUUACUGUGUUCUUGUCUGGUUGGUUGCUCUCCUAUGCGCCACACCUCCGUUGUACGGAUGGGGAAAGUUUGAAUUUCAUGCGAAAUUCUCUGUCUGUACUUUCAGUUGGAAGAUAGAACAAAUUUCGUACCUCAUAUUAGUUGUUGGUGGGGUUGUAAACGGUUGUACAGUUGCAAUAUUUUAUUGCUACUAUAAAAUAUACCAAACAGUGAAACAAAGCUCGCUAAAUUUAAACGCGCACAACGUAGGGAAUCAGUGUGUCAAUGCUCGCCGUACGGACAUAAAAUUGUUGAAGGCAAGUUUUACUGUGGUUUGUGUUUUUGUGAUGACCUGGGGUCCAGUUUCCAUUGUGGUUGUUAUUGAGACUGCCGGGUGUAAAAUCCCGAGAGAAGUCUUCGCAACAGUUAUCUACCUGAUGUUCUCGAGUAGUUAUGUAAAUCCGAUUAUCUAUGGAAUAAUGAAUCCACAGUUCCAGCUGGCCUUCAAAAAAGCCCUAAGCUGUGGUCGGUAUGGCAACGAUAAUGUAAACCAGAACUGUACAGGAAAUGGAGCAAGCAAACGCACGACGAAUGAUGAAGGUCGACUAGCGGUCUCCACGCAAAAUUCUGCGUUUAGUAAAACACUGACGACUGAACAAAGCGUUUCAGAGCACAAAGAUGCUACGAUGUUAGGCAGUGUCCUGGAGUAGAACUUUUUCGCAGGUUCCCAUUUGUGAAAACGACAGAAAAGCGUGCUGCUGGUUUUGCUUCGGACGAUUUUCCCUCACCCUAAUACGUAUUUUAUCUGUUAUUCUGUUGAUUAUCUAAACUUGUAUCAGUUUCUGUUUGUAAUUGCAAAUACUACUCUGAAAGUAUCCUGAAAAAUUCCUUGCAUUGAAAACUGCUGUAACUUAAAUUACAGUCGAACAGGGGAAUGGCGGGGUCACCGCUUAAGACAGGUUCAGCAGAAUAGGAGUAUGUUAAAAAACCGAUUUUAUACUAAAGGUGCACACAUCACUCACUCGAAAAUACUGCUUACGUUGUUUUCGGGAGAUAAAAAUGGAUUUAAUAUUACUGGAAAGACUAUUAUUAGUUUUAUUUGAGUCGUUCUGCUGUCAGUGACCGUUCAGUAUAGGUGAAGGAUAUUACUUGCAGCUGUUGGAACUUAGUAAAGGGUGUUUACGACCCCUCAAUAGAGGUGAAAAUUAUAUUAAUUAAAGGUAUAAAAAUUUUGGGAGUUUGACCGAGGGUGACCGCUUGAUACAGUACCACUUACUGGCUCGACUGUCACUCCAUAAGUAAGAGCAUUGUAAGUAAGAUCGGUUGUAAGUACUGUUAAUAUUUAACAACGAUAUUCUAUAUAUAUUCUUGAAUUUUAGGUAAUGUAGGAUAGUAAUUGUAAUCUCUGUGUGU